GAACCCACGGGACGGGAAUGGGGGUGGCUUGCUUGGCAUUGAUUUGAUUGAUUCAAAUGGUAUCUCUGCAUUAGUGCAGAAUAUAGAUAGGGCGGGAAUAGACCUCUGAUUGAUAGCUCCUCUCUACUGUCUGGGCGGGACGACUGUUUCCUGUGCAAUGCAAGACAGCUUAAUUAUACACGCAAUAAACAUUACAACACGUAUAUUAUCUGAUUCACCGAUUGACCACGUUGUCUUUGCGUUAUUAUGCUUUUAUAACAAACAAACAAACAUAUUGAUCGAACGAACAAAACUAUUUAUGUAGUUUUCAUGAUUACCAGAGGAACAAAUACAUCUGAAUAGGCACCAUUGCGUUCGUUGUCUUAUGAGCCCAAGAGACUGAACAUUCCUGAUCUGAUGUUCUAGAACUCGCCGCUGUCUGUUCUUGCCUCCUUGAAGCUCAGACAGUGCCCUUGUGUAAGGAGGACAGGAACAGCCCCUCUGAAUGGAUUAGCCUUGGAAACGGGCUUACACGUGACGAAGUGAGAAAGCGAACAACGGGGUACCAGGAGGAGAGAGCCGCCUUGGCGCUGGUUCAGCCCGGAGAAUGACACUGAGCGCGGAUUCCGAAUCACAGCUCUACAGCAUCCUGCGCAGAGUGGCUGGUGUGAGCGUGCAUGUGCUCUGUGUGGGGUUCACAGUGUUUCUGGCUGUAAUGGCGAGGCCUGGGACCAGUUUAUUUUCUUGGCAUCCGUUCCUGAUGACCUUCUCUUUUUCCUUCUUCAUGACAGAGGCCCUGCUCCUCUUCUCCCCAGACAGCUCUCCCAUUCAGCGCUUCUCCCACAAGAUCAAAGGCCGCUACCAUUGGAUCCUGCAGGCCCUGGCCACUACCUGCGCCUUGCUGGGAUUGGCUGCCAUCUUCUACAACAAGCACCUCAACAACAAACCACACUUCGCCACCUGGCACGGGCUGGUUGGCUUGCUGACUGUCCUGUUUGCUGUGAUGCAGUCCCUGGGUGGGGUCUUCCUGCUCUUCCCCAAACUGGCCAAAGGCUGGUCGCUGGCCAAACUGAAGCGCUACCACUCUGCGUCAGGACUGGUGGGAUACCUGCUGGGCUGCACCAGCCUACUGCUGGGCAUGUCUUCCUUAUGGUUUACUACUGCUGUCCAUAGCCUGGGCUGGUACCUGGCUGCCUUGUGCCCUAUACUUAGCGCCUUGGUCAUCAUGAACCAAGUCACCAGCUCCUACAUGACAAAGAAACGCUUCCAGACUUAAAGCAGCAGAGCAUGUCAGCUCUAUCACAGGGUAACAGCGUGUUAUUCAGUGGGCUCAGCCAAUGAUUAUAACAUGUAGGGGUUUAAACCCUGCCUCAGAAAUCCAAGCUGUGUAAAAUAAAAAUUUAACUCGAGUCCACUCCAGCAUGUACUCUUGAGUAAAUGAUGCACUUCAGGGAAGCUAAACUGUAGCCCCCCCCCCCCCCCCCCCUGUAUGAAUAAUGUUGUCACUGAAUUUUCUUUUUCUUUUUUUUAAGCCUACAAAUGAUCAAAAUUAUGCCCAUUAGUAUUUUUUCCUGCUAGAUGAACAUGAUGUGUGUGCAACAUCUAACAAUUACCAGGAUUUGCACAGUGUCUUAAUACAUGUGUGUGUGAGGAUAGAUAGAAACAAAAGUAAUCAAACAACUAAAAUGUUUGCAGACUUUCAUUUGUAUUUUUACUGCCAAUAAACUGUCAGCUCUUCCAGGCAUUGUCACUAAUAUGUGUUGAAAUUCAAAAAGCAAAUAAAAGUUUUUACUAUU